GGGGCAGCGGCGGGCGGGGGAGCGUCCCCCGGGGCCGGGCUUGGGCCCGGGGCGGAGGGCGGGCCCGGGCGGGCGCCGUCGGUGAGGAGGCCGGGGUGGGCGCGAGGCCCGGGCCGGGCCUGUCCUCACAGGGCAGCGCGGCGCUGAGGGGACGUGCCGCAGGCCCUCUCGCCCCGGAACGGGCUGCGGUCCCGUGUUGCAGACACGGACCGAAGGCUCAGAGUGGAGACUGGAUCGUGGUGGUUGAUUGUCUCCGUAUUUACCGUCAGGAGAAAGGGACGCCGGGCGGCGGGGGGCUCAGCGGCUGAGGGCCUGCCCUGCGCCCGGGGCGUGACCCCGGGUCCAGGGAUCCAGUCCCCUCAGGGAGCCUGCCGCUCCCCUGCCCGCGCCUCUGCCUCUCUCGCUGUGUCCCUCAGGAAUAAAUAAGUGGAACCUUUAAAAAAUAAUAAUAAUAUCAGGAGAAAGCUUGCUGCACUGUCUUCCCUGUUUCUGUUGGUUUUAUUCAUUUCUUGCUCUUUUUUUUUUUUCCUUAGAAAUUUAAAAAUGCAGAAAAGUAGAUACUGUGAUAUGUAUGUUGUUCCCAGGGACACCCAGCAAGGUCAUGGCGGUGGGAGUCAGCCCUGUCCGUCCUGUCCACCGAACCCUUUAGCACCGGGUGAGAGCUAAGAAGUAUUCGGAGGCCAAGUCAUGGAUCCACCAGCGCGUAAAGAAAAAUCCAAAGUUAAAGAACCUGUCAGCAGAGUUGAGAAGGCCAAGCAGAAAUCAGCCCAGCAGGAGCUGAAGCAGAGGCAAAGAGCAGAGAUCUAUGCCCUCAACAGAGUCAUGACAGAGCUGGAGCAACAGCAGUUCGAUGAGUUCUGUAAACAGAUGCAGCCUCCUGGAGAGUGAGCCACCCUAUGCUCAAACUAGGUGGGACCCUGGAGGCUCUGUUUGUCAUCUUGGUACCAGUUUUACUGAGAUGAUCCACUUGGAACCUUACAGAUUUAGACAAGAAGACAUUUGCAUUAUUCCUAAAACUGGAUAAAUCUGAACUUUCUGUAUGUACCUUCUGCUUCAUUGGUUCCUUCAGUCUGAAUUGGCCCAAUGCUUGCUGAAGAGACUUGUUUUGUUCUCCUAAGACAAUAGAUUCUUUUCUUUCCCCUUUUUUCUAUUGUUUGAGAAAAAUCAGUGUUUCUUGUGAAACUGUAGAUCUUCUCCAAAAAUGCAAAUAAAAUACUAAUAAAACA